AUGGAAGACGUGACAUCCUUGGUUUUUCAACAUUUAAUUGAAGAAGAGGAACGCGAUGAACAAAUUAUAAGUUUACUGUUCUUAAAAAACAGCAAAAGACAAAAAGUACAUGAUAUGUUUAUAUCCAGACGUGAGGAAGGAGCGUUUCAAAACAUUAUUUCCAAACAUCUGAUUGAUGAUGAAACCAAAUUUCAUAACUAUUUCAGAUUAACCAAAUAUCAAUUUAAUUUUGUGUUAUCUGCUAUUACAAAGGAUGUAUUUAAAGCGCCUACAACCACGGUUAAAUUUCCAAUAACACCAAAGGAAAAACUAGCUGUAACAUUAAGGUACUUGGCCACUGGCGAAUCGUAUAGAUCAUUGGCUUUCAAUUUUCGAAUUUCGCAUUGCGAAAUAUCAAAUAUUGUUAAAGAAGUACUAGCUAUAUGUAAAAAUCUUAUGCCUGUUCUUUUACCACCACCAACUGAAAAUGAUUUUAAAACACGAGCAUCAGAAUUUUGGGAGAGGUUGAAUUUUCCAAACUGUGUUGGAGCCAUAGACGGCAAACAUGUACGUGUUAUGUGUCCAGACCAAACGGGAUCCCUCUACUUCAACUACAAAAAUUAUUUUUCUCUUGUGUUGUUAGCGAUUGUUGACGCUAAGUAUAAAUUUUUAGCAAUAGACGUCGGGUCUUAUGGCAAAGAGGGUGACAGUGGUAUUUUUUCAAAAUCUGUAAUGGGACAACGGAUCUAUACAGAGAAAUUUGGGUUACCUUCUGAGGAUAUUCAACUUCCUGGUUCUGAAAAAUGUUUACCCUAUGUUAUAAUUGGAGAUGAGGCAUUUAUGUUACAUAAGCGUAUUAUGAAACCUUUUAACAGAGCACAAGCUAAAGCCGAUUACGAAAAAAGUGUUUUUAAUUAUCCCACAUGUUGCUUGCAUAAUCUAAUUCGCGAUGGAUACGAAGGAACAAAUACACAAAUCGUACAUCAAGAAUUAACCAACAUGCAGACAACUAUGCAACCACUGGCAAGAUUUGGAGGAUAUGGAAACGUGGAAGGUUUUGAAGUACGAGAUGCCUUUAAAUGUUUCUUCAGCGGAGAAGGCAAAGUGAAUUGGCAAAACCAUGUAGUUUCAAGAACCUAA